AGCAGCAGCAGGGGGAGGGGCCGGGGUCUGCCUCGGUCCCUGGUGGCAGAGAGGGACCGGUCACAGCCUAAACCGGUGGAGGUGGUCACGCCUAGGGCGAAGCCUGAAGGCGUGAUGAGCAUCAUGCCCAUGCAGACCAUCUCCAUGACCAACGAGAACCAGGAGCUACUGAAGGAGCUGCUGAAGGAGCUGCAGCUGCAGGACCUUGAAGAGAAUUAUGAUGAAUCAGGCUCGGACUAUUAUGAAGAGGAGGAAGACGAGGAGGAGGAAGAAGGAGAGGAGGAGGAGGAGUACGAUGAGCUGGACCACCGUGAGGACGGCCAGUUCUGGAGGACUCACGACCAGCCCGUGGAGAAGGCCGAGCGGCCGGUCGGCCCGGUGGAGGUCGAGAUCGAGUCGGAUGAGGAGCGACCCUCCCCGGAGCCCGUCGUCUCUCCGUUCGCCGUCGGUAAACUCUGCAGGUACGGCUUCGACCGCGAGCGCAGCCGUCUGGCGCUGGAGGCCAACGGCGGGGAGUUCGGCGCCACGCUGGAGCGCCUCCUCAACCAGGUGUUCGUCGAGCGCUUCGGCAUGAAGGCGGUGUCCCCCGAAGGCCUGCAGGGGGCGCCCAUGGACGAGUGCCUGAGCCAGCGGGAGGAGGAGGCGCUGGCCCUGGCCGCCAUCUACGGCGAGCGCUUCGAGGAGCGCAUCGCCAACUCGGUGUGGACGGUGAGCCUGGACCUGGAGUUCCUCGCCGACAGCCUCCACAGGAACAACAACGGCAACAACCUCGACAACGGCGGCGGCGGCAGGAGCUACGGACGCCGCCACGGCGCCCCCGCGCCGAUCCUUCUGCGCGACGUCUGCCGCUUCUUCCUGCGGGGCCAGGCCUGCCGCUUCGGCGACAAGUGCAAGUUCAAGCACCAGAUGCCCACCAAGGGCCUGCGGUCCGGCGGGGGGUCCCCGGACCCCACGGGGCCCAGCCAGGCGGGCUUCAGCAGCUACGCCCCCCCCGAGUACGAGCUGAUGGUCCGCUUCCCCAAGGGCAACCGCUACCCCUUCCAGCCGCCGGUGGUGGCCUUCAGCACCAACGACGAGGCGGUGAGCGGCGCGGGCCGGCUGGCCGCCACCGAGCGGCUCUUCGCCGAGGCGGCGGCGGCGGCCAAGUGCGGCGAGCCGGUGGUGUACACGCUGAUCACCUGUCUGGAGGACGAGGGCGUACUGGUGGAGCUGCUGUCCGCCGCGCACCACAAGUACAGCUCCCCGCCGCCCGUCCUCACCCCGGUGCUGCCCCCCGCCCCCCCGCCCGUCACCUACUCCGCCUCCUCCUCGCUGAUACCCUCCGCCGGGGGGAAGGGCAAGGGCGUGGCCCGGGGCAACGCGCCCGCCCCGGAGGGCAGGGUCAACGGCGCCGUGAGUGGCGGGAACCAGACCGCCAAGCCCGCUCCGGCCAACAACCACAACGCCACGACGCAGCAGCGACCCGCGCAGACGUGGAGAGAAGCCAAAGACCGAGAUGACGUGGAGGUGGAGGAAGAGGAGGGGGACGAGGAGGAGGAGGACGAAGGCGGGGCGGUGAAUGUGGAGACGGAGAGCUACGUCCACCUGAGGAAGCAGAUGGUGCGGAAGCACGAGUACAAGAUGGACAACGUGCUGCAGGAGAACGGCAAGCUGUGCAGGGACUUCCGCAGGAAGCCGUCUUCCAGGCGCUAUGACGCCAUGCUGCAGCAGAGGCAGAAGCUCCCAGCCUGGAAGGAGAGGGACCACAUCCUGAACCUGCUGGACGACUGUCAGGUGCUGGUAGUCAGCGGCAUGACCGGCUGCGGUAAGACCACGCAGAUCCCCCAGUUCAUCCUGGACGACACGCUGGCAGGGCCGGCGGACCGCGUGGCCAACAUCAUCUGCACCCAGCCCAGGCGCAUCUCGGCCAUCUCGGUGGCCCAGCGCGUGGCCGAGGAGAGGGCCGAGCGCCUGGGCGCCACCGUGGGCUACCAGAUCCGCCUGGAGACCGUCCGGUCCUCGGCCACGCGGCUGCUGUACUGCACCACGGGGGUCUUGCUGCGGAGGCUGGAGGGAGAGGCGGACCUCCCGGGCGUCACGCACAUCAUCGUGGAUGAGGUGCACGAGCGCACAGAGGAGAGUGACUUCCUGCUGCUGGUGCUCAAGGACCUGAUGGUGAACCGGCCCGACAUGAAGAUCAUCCUGAUGAGCGCCACGCUCAACGCCAACCUCUUCUCCGAGUACUUCUACAACUGCAACACCAUCCACAUACCUGGCCGCACCUUCCCCGUGGACCAGUUUUUCCUCGAAGACGCCAUCGCCAAAACCCGCUACGUGAUCGAGGACGGUAGCCCGUACAUGCGCUCAGGGAAACAGGGGUCUGGGGGACGAGGAGGAGGAGGGAAGGGAGGGUCGAAGGGCGUGGUGGACGACCAAGGAGACGACCAGUGGAGCUUCUCCUCGCUCUGCAAGAAGGACUUCGUCAAAGACUCCAUCCCCGACCAGCAGCUGGGCCUGGCAGAGCUGACUAUCCGGUUCAAAGAUGUGAGCAAGCCGGUGCUGAAGACCAUCGCUGCCAUGGAUCUGGACAAGAUCAACAUGGACCUGGUGGAGAGCCUGCUGGAGUGGAUCGUAGACGGGCCCCACGACUAUCCCCCCGGUGCUGUCCUGGUGUUCAUGCCGGGCCUGGCUGAGAUCAAGAUGCUGUAUGAGCAGCUGCAGUCCAACCGGAUGUUCAACAACAGGAACAAAUCCAGGUGCGUGGUAUACCCGCUCCACUCGUCCCUCUCCAACGAGGAGCAGCAGGCCGUGUUCAACCGGCCGCCGAAGGACGUCACCAAGAUCAUCAUCUCCACCAACAUCGCCGAGACCUCGGUCACCAUCGACGACGUGGUCUACGUCAUCGACUCCGGCAAGAUGAAGGAGAAACGGUACGACGCGUCCAAGAGCAUGGAGAGCCUGGAGGACUCGUGGGUGUCGCGGGCCAACGCGCUGCAGCGGCGGGGGCGGGCGGGCCGCGUGGCCUCGGGGAUCUGCUUCCACCUCUUCACCAGCCACUGCUUCGAGCACCAGCUGUCAGAGCAGCAGCUGCCCGAGAUCCAGAGGGUCCCGCUGGAGCAGCUCUGCCUCAGGAUCAAGAUCCUUGACCUGUUCGCCGACCGCACCCUGGCCUCGGUCUUCUCCCGCCUCAUCGAGCCCCCGGAGCCGGCCAGUGUGGAGGCGGCGGAGCAGCGUCUGCAGGACCUGGGCGCGCUGACGCCCAGCGAGAUGCUGACGCCCCUGGGCUACCACCUGGCCUGCCUGCCCGUCGACGUGCGCAUCGGCAAGCUCAUGCUGUUCGGCGCCAUCUUCCGCUGCCUGGACCCCGCCCUCACCAUCGCCGCCAGCCUGGCAUUCAAGUCCCCCUUCGUGUCUCCGUGGGACAAGAGAGAGGAGGCCAACGAGAAGAAGCUGAACUUCGCUCUGGCCAACAGUGACCACUUGGCCCUGCUACAGGCCUACAAGGGUUGGUGCAACGCCGCCAAGAACGGGAACCAGGCCGGCUUCCGCUACUGCCGGGAGAACUUCCUGUCUGGACGCGGCCUACAGGAGAUUGCCAGCCUGAAGAGGCAGUUCACGGAGCUGCUGUCCGACAUCGGCUUCGUGCGGGAGGGGCUGAGGGCGAGGGUCAUAGAGAGGGCCAGCUCCAUGGGCAUGGACGGGGUCCUGGAGGCCACGGGGUCGGAGGCCAACCUGAACUCUGACAACAUCCGCCUGAUGUCGGCCAUGCUGUGUGCAGCGCUCUAUCCCAACGUGGUGCAGGUGCGCUCCCCCCAGGGGAAGUACAAGCAGACCAGCAAAGGGGCGGUCAUGCUGCAGCCCAAAGCGGACGAGCUCCGAUUCGUGACCAAGAACGACGGCUGUGUCAACGUGCACCCGUCCUCCGUCAACUACCCGGUGCGGUACUACGACAGCCCGUACCUGGUGUACCACGAGAAGGUGAAGACGAGCCGCGUGUUCAUCCGGGACUGCAGCAUGGUGUCGGUGUACCCCCUGGUGCUGUUUGGCGGGGGGCAGAUCACCGUGGAGCUCCACAAGGGGGAGUUCCUCAUCUCCCUGGACGACGGGUGGAUCCGCUUCGUCGCCGCCUCUCACCAGGUGGCUGAGCUGGUGAAGGAGCUGCGUAGCGAGCUAGACCAGCUGCUGGAGGACAAGAUCCGUAGCCCCAGCAUGGACCUGUGCACCUGCCGGCGCGGCUCCCGCAUCAUCCACAUGAUCGUGCAGCUCAUCUCCACGCAGUAGAGCCAUCCCUCCGUUCACACUCCG